UGAUGGACCCAUCGCGGAGUGAAUCACAGACUUACACAAGCCUCGAAACCCUGGGCGGUUUUACAGUUCUCAGGCUUCUCACAACAGGUGGCUGGCUUGCACUGGGGCCUCUUGGAUUUCCCUUUCAAAAAUGGAGAGGAGGGAUCACAGGCACUGAAGGGGACCAUGGGAGGUGCAAGGGCAGGCACCCGUGAUGGUGGGGCACAGCAGCCGGAAACUCGGUGCCAACUCUCCCGCCCGGCUACUAGCUUUCCUGGAUGCGGCUCUUUAUGAAACAGCUUCUCCAUGGCAAGGGGCAACCGGAUGGAGAUAAACUUCAAUAUCUUGAAGGGAGACUCAAGACUGGAAGGAUACAAGAGAAAUGCCAAGGACCUUGUAUCUCUGCUUCCAACUGCAGCCAGCCCUGUGCUCAGCACUUUCGUGGAGAAAUAGGAUUCACAUGUCAUCAGGACAAGUGGCAAAAAUCAACUGAAACAUGUACAAGCCUUUCUGUGGAAACACUCUUUAAGGACUUCAAUACUGCAGCACGCCUUUCCCUUGCAGCAUCAUCCAUACCCGUGCACAUUCUUGACUUUCGAGCUCCAGAACCCGUGGAGAGUGUAGCCCAAGGAAUCCGCAGACACUGUCCGAUUGAUUAUGCCUGCAUACUCGAUGUUGUGAAAUCAUCAGAAGCCACGUCUGGAAACAUUGCAUUCAUAGUGGAGUUAUUAAGAAAUAUUUCUACAGAUUUGUCCGAUAAUGUUACCCAAGAGAAAAUGAAGACUUAUAGUGAAGUGGCCAACCACAUCCUUGACACAGCAGCCAUUUCAAAUUGGGCUUUCAUUCCAGACAAAAGUACCAGCUCGGAUUUGUUGCAGUCCGUGAAUCUGUUUGCAAGGCAACUCCACGUCCACAAUGACUCUGAGAACCUUGUGGAUGAACUCUUCAUUCAGGCAAAAGGCCUUCGCAUCAACCACAAUACCCCAGAGAAAAAAUUCAGUUUCUCCACGAGCAUGAACGGUACGACAGAGGGUCUCUUAGGAAUGAUAGAAAUUCCCAGGCAAGAGCUGUGGAAGCUGCCACCAAAUGCAUCCCAAGCCAUCAGCAUAGCUUUUCCCACCUUGGGGGCCAUACUGAAGGAAGUCCACUUGCAAAAUAUGAGUCUUCCUAGACCCGUAAAUGGUCUCGUCCUUUCGGUGAUUUUACCAGAAGGAUUGAAGCAAGUCUUAUUCACCUUUGAGAAGAUCAACAAAUCCCGGAAUGCCAGGGCCCAGUGUGUUGGCUGGCACUCCAGGAAAAGGAGGUGGGAUGAGAAUGCCUGUGAAACCACGCUGGAGAUCACGAACAAAGUGAAAUGCUUGUGUAACUACACCAACAUGGUGAUGUCCUUUUCCAUUCUAAUGUCCCCCAGAUCUAUAGACAACAAAGUCCUGGACUACAUCACCUGCAUUGGGCUCAGCAUCUCCAUCUUUAGCUUGAUUCUUUGCCUGAUCAUUGAAGCUGUGGUGUGGUCCCGGGUGGUUGUGACAGAGAUAUCAUACAUGCGUCACGUGUGCAUCGUGAACAUAGCCGUGUCGCUCCUGAUUGCUAACGUGUGGUUCAUCAUAAACUCUAACUUCCACAAAAAGGCCCAGGGCUCCAACUGGUGUGUUGCACUGACAUUUUUCAGCCACUUUUUCUACCUCUCUCUGUUUUUCUGGAUGUUCUUCAAAGCACUGCUCAUCAUCUAUGGAAUAUUGGUGGUUUUCCGUAGGAUGAUGAAAUCCCGCAUGAUGGCCAUUGGCUUUGCCAUUGGCUACGGGUGCCCAUUGGUCAUUGCUGGCACCACAGUUGCUGUCACAGUGCCAGAGAAAGGCUACAUGAGACCUGAUGCCUGUUGGCUUAACUGGGACAAUACCAAAGCCCUUUUAGCAUUUGCCAUCCCAGCCUUAGUCAUCGUGGCUGUGAAUCUUGUGGUGGUUUUGGUUGUUGCUGUCAACACUCAGAGGCCCUCUAUUGGCAGCUCCAAGUCUCAGGAUCUGGCCAUAAUUAUGAGGAUCAGCAAAAAUGUUGCCAUCCUUACCCCUUUGCUGGGAUUGACUUGGGGUUUUGGAGUAGCUACACUUGUAGAAGGCACUUCCUUGAUAUUCCACAUAAUCUUUGCCCUGCUCAAUGCUUUCCAGGGGUUUUUCAUCUUGCUGUUUGGAACCAUUAUGGACCACAAGAUAAGAGAUGCUUUGAGGAUGAGGAUGUCUUCACUGAAGGGGAGAUCAAGGGCAGCAGAGGUAAGCCCUCUUUUCAGUCUCCUUACUGAGGGGUCUCUGUUCUCAGCGGGGUCAUGCAGAGAUAAAUAUUAUAGCUUAGUAUUCUGGGUUUGUUAG